GAAAUGUCAUCGUAGUUCCAAUUACAUGAGACAUCAGACAAGUUUAAGUUUUGUUUACACUUAUAAUUUUUAAUAUUUGAGUGUAAGUAGUUGCUAGUUUUUUAUUAUAUCGCUAAUUUGAUGUUUAAAAACUUUGUGUUUUAUUUGGAAUAUGGAUGAAAAAGAAGAAUUAUUGCACCUAACCUCGCAGGAAUUACAAGUGUUGUCUGAACUUGACAGCCGACAGUUUGGCUUUCUGAAGUUGCGUGGCAAUGAACAUGGCAGGACAAGAGCCCUUGUUCUCAAGGCCGUUAAAUACCUGGAGGGAAUGCUGGUUCAAGUCAAGGAAGAAGAAAGGGCUUGUUCACCAGGCGAAAGGAGAGAUAUAUGCAUCGAUCCCAAGACCUAUUGUAAAUUGGGACAUUUUCAUCUGUUAUUAGAAGAUCACGCCAAAGCUAUGUCUGCAUAUCAGAAGUUUUACGCCCUGGAGCCAGAUAACUGGAAGGACCCAUUAUUUCUAUAUGGAUUAGGAUUGUGCUAUUAUCAUUACAAUGCAUUUGAAUGGGCGACGAAGGCGCUGCUGAUGGCGCUGUACGUGGCUCCGGGGUUCUCCCGCGCGGCCGACGCCCACGCGCGCCUGGCGCUCAUGUUCAAGGCGCGGCGCCACUGGACCGCGGCCGCCGCGCACCUGCGCAGGGCACGCCUGGCUCCGCACCAGGACGCCACCUUCACGCGGCUGGAGCUCAGCUUCCACGCCGCUCACCUGCUGGAGGCCCGCGGCUUGAAGAAGACGGCCAGGGACGCGUACGAGCGGCUGCUCAAGGAGCCGCAGCUCUCGUCGACCCUCAAAGCGGAUGUGUGCCGUCAGUUAGGCUGGCUGUACCACCGCUGUGCGUCCCUGGGUGAGUCUGCCGGCAGGGCUCGUGCAGCCGUCUGGUGUCUCCAACGCGCCGUGGCUGCGGAGCCAGAGUCCGGCGCCGGCUUGUACCUCCUCGGAAGGUGCUUCGCCGCCCAGGGGAAAGUCCAUGACGCGUUUAUCGCAUACAGAAACUCAGUGGAGAAGUCUGAGGGAAAUGCUGACACCUGGUGCUCUAUUGGAGUGUUGUACCAGCAGCAGAACCAGCCAAUGGACGCUCUGCAGGCGUACAUCUGCGCAGUCCAGCUGGACAAAGGCCACUCGGCCGCCUGGACCAACCUGGGCAGCCUGUACGAGAGCUGCCAGAUGCCGCGCGACGCCUUCGCGUGCUACAACAACGGGGGCUCCGCCGCCACGGCCUGCAACACGGCGCUGCGCCAAAGGCUCGCCUUCCUGAGGGUCCACCUGGCGCAUGCGCCGAUGGCUUCAGUUACCGGAAAACGGCGGCCGCUGCCGUCCAUCGAGGAGGCGUGGAACCUGCCCAUCUCGGCCGAGAUGUCCUCGCGGGCGCCCAAGUCGGCGCCGCCGCCGUACGCGGCUACUGCGGCCCCGCCCAAGAGGCCCGACGACCCGGCGCCGCUCAGUCCGCACCAGCUGCAGACGCUCCAGUUCCUGCAGAGGAACUCGCACAACCUGACCCCGCAGCAACAAGCGUUGAUGCAACAAUUACUAUCGCAGUAUCGAUUGUCCCAAGCGGCGAGGACGCGUCCGGUUGCGAAAAACGACAGUAGUAUGUCGAGUGCGAGCGAGAAUGCGGAGUCGCUCGCAGAAGAUUUGCUCAAGAAGUUCUCUGAUACUCAGACUGACAUCAAGAAGGAACCUGCACCAAUGGAAGGCGCCAUGUCGUCCGGCGCUGGUAACAACAAAGAAGCAAUCCUAGGUGGGAGACAGGCCGUGGUCAAGCUGGAGCCUCUGAAGACGGAUCCACUCAAACCAGCCACGUUCAACAACACCAUGAGCGCCAAACAGAUACUCGACCUGUGCAAAGAGCAGGCGGGCCCGGCGUCCUCGUGGUCGGUGCUGGGUGACGGCCUGCCCCCCCCGGAGCCGCCCGGCGUGCCCCCUCCCCGGCUGACGGCCGACCAGCUCGCCCCGCCCGCGCCCUUCGUCUACGUGGAGUCCAAGCGGGACGCCUUCUCGCCGCAGCUGCAGGACUUCUGCCUGAAGCAUCCCAUCGCCGUGGUGCGCGGGCUCACGGCCGCUCUCAAGCUCGAUCUGGGCCUGUUCUCCACCAAGACCCUGGUGGAGGCGUGGCCCGACCACGCCGUGGAGGUGCGCACGCAGCUGAUGCAGUCGGCCGACGAGAACUGGGACCCGAGCGGGCGGCGCCGCGUGUGGGCGUGCGCCUCGCACCGCUCGCACACCACCGUGCGCAAGUACGCGCAGUACCAGGCGGGCUCGUUCCAGGACUCGCUGCGGGAGGAGCGCGAGCGGGGCGCGGGCGGCGCGGGCGGCGGCGGCGCGCUGUCCGACUCGGACGGGCGCGAGGCGGGCCCGGCCAAGCGGCGCCGCGGCGCGCGCAUGCUGCGCUUCGGAACCAACGUGGACCUGUCGGACGAGCGCAAGUGGCGGCCGCAGCUGGCCGAGCUGCAGAAGCUGCCCGCCUUCGCGCGGGUGGCGUCGGCCGCCAACAUGCUGUCGCACGUGGGCCACGUGAUCCUGGGCAUGAACACGGUGCAGCUGUACAUGAAGGUGCCCGGCAGCCGCACGCCGGGCCACCAGGAGAACAACAACUUCUGCUCCAUCAACAUCAACAUCGGGCCCGGCGACUGCGAGUGGUUCGGCGUGCCCGACGCGUACUGGGGCGGCGUCAAGGAGCUGUGCGACCGCCACGGCCUGUCGUACCUGCACGGCUCGUGGUGGCCCGACCCCGAGGAGCUGCGCGCGCACGGCGUGCCCGUGUACCGCUUCACGCAGCGGCCCGGCGACCUGGUGUGGGUGAACGCGGGCUGCGUGCACUGGGUGCAGGCCACGGGCUGGUGCAACAACAUCGCGUGGAACGUGGGCCCGCUCACGGCGCGCCAGUACGCGCUGGCGCUGGAGCGCUACGAGUGGAACAAGGUGGAGAACUUCAAGUCCAUCGUGCCCAUGGUGCACCUGACGUGGAACCUGGCGCGCAACAUCCGCGUGUCGGACCCGCGCCUGCACGGCGCCGUGCGCACGUGCCUGCGCCAGUCGCUGCGGGCCGCCGCCGGCACGCUGGCGGCGGCGCGCGCGCGCGGCGUGCCCGUGCGCUUCCACGGGCGCGCGCGCGGCGAGGCCUCGCACUACUGCGGCGCGUGCGAGCGCGAGGUGUGGCACGCGCUGCUGGUGCGGGCGCACGAGCGGCGCCACGUGGUGCACUGCCUGGCGUGCGCGCGCCGCGCCAGCCCGGCGCUGGCCGGCUUCCUGUGUCUGGAGGAGCACCACGUGGACGAGCUGGCGCAGGUGUACGACGCCUUCGUGCUGCACCGCGCCGCCGGGCCCGCGCCCGACUGACGGCCGCCGCUGUCUCCCCCCUCCCCCCGGUAGCGAGCUAGACCGACUGUCGUGACGCGUAUUUGUUAAGAUGUCCGAAUAUUUUGGUGAUAGAACUAAUUUUGUACUACGACGAACUUUACAAUUUACAAGCUCCUCGAUCACUAUUGUAAUUGUGAGAGAUAUUUAUUACGAGAAGUCAAUUUUGGCGGUUUCGCCGACGGUGUUAGGUGUAAGUAGUGAUCUGCGACCUCGGUUCAAAUCGAUUCACAAGAUUCUAAGUAAAUGUAUGUCGACGUCUCGGUGGUAACAUCUAUGUAUGUAUGUUUGUAUAUAUAUGUUUAUUUGUAAUGUUUUGUGUAUUUUCAAAACUCGACUUCAGAAUUAACUUUUCUAUAUUAUCUGCCUGAGAUAAAAACUUCUCUUUUUAUUUUUAAAUAAAAAUUUCAGCUUUAAUUCAAUUACGAAGACCACUAGAAAGAUGUGAUACAUUUACAUUAUAGUAAACAGUUUUAUUGACAUAUAGUAUAAGGAGAAGUAGAGAAUAACAUGGGUCGAGUCUGGAGAGAGAGAUGAAGAAACCGGAGGGUCGCAGAGUGAUUCUGUGUUCACCACAUUGUGUAUUAUUUUUGUAUAGAUACAUAUUUAUUUAUUUUGACUUUACUAUUUUUGAAUUUGUAACACUACUCCAGCUUUUAUUGCUACUGUCUCUGUACCCAAACAUAAUCAAACAAGUGAUUUUAUUACUUAUUUACUUAAUUAUUUACAUUUUCGUAUUUUAAGCUCGCAUAGAAUUUUCGUUGUGAAACUAACUAUGCAAUGGAUUUGUUAUUAUCAACGUAUUUUUUAAAAUGUUUUUAAAGACACAUAAUAUCAUAAAAACUAGUAAAGUUCAUUUACUUUGUAGAUCUUUGUUAAUUUAUAUAUCUAGAUAGUUUCUCUUGCUGAUAGGCAACGCAUGACAACAGGGCAGGUUUAUUACUUGUACAUACCGCGUGACCGCUACGUUUUACACAAAAUAAGCGUCCCGUUAUUUUAGUGUGUGCGUUGCUGAAAAUAGGGGUUAUACGUUUGCCGCUAUUUUUAAACAUGUUCACAGCUCUCACAGUCUAUCUAAGCGUAUAAGUUAUAUAUGGUUUACAAGUUAGACGAAAAUAGUUAAAAAACACAAAUAACACAGUUCAGUAGCAAUAAGAUAGUGGAGUAUAGUAAUAAUGAGUGUAGUCGGCGUAGCGAAUAGUAGGUAAGAGCAAGGCACGGACGUGACUCUCUGUUGUAGGAGGGUCCAGUGAGAAGUGCCGCAUAGUCCCAAAGAAUGUUUGAUAGAGAAAUUAGACGCGGAGAAAACUACUUUCUUGGAAUUAGACUUUGGUCGGGCUUGGAUUGGCUAAACGCUGUCCUUUCAUACGCAUUUAAUACCCACUUGCGUAUACGAGAUCAGCGGUAAAGUAUUGUAGAUUUGCUUGGGAUGUGGCCGGUUUUGUUUCAACAGGUGGCGCUGUUUGCCAUGAAAAUUACUUACUGUGUGGGUAUUAAAAACUAAUUAAUCAUAUGACAACAUUUUAAGUAUUUACAUAAUAUAAGCUUAGAUAAUUUAUACGUAUAGAUAGAGCCUCUUGCUGCUAGAUAACCGAUCAAAACAGGCCAGGUCUUUAUUACUUUAAUGUGUGUGACAGGCUACGUCUUACACUCGCGAUUUGUAUGUCACUUUGUGUUAGUAUGCGUUCAUUGCUCAAAAUAGCGGUUAACUGUCAACCUUUUUUGACGUUUUCACAGCUGUCAGUCACAGUAUAUCUAGACGUAUAAAUGAUCUCAGCAUAUAAGUUGAUUAUUUCCUAUUGAGACAAAUCAUUCUGAGUAAACGUAAAUUGUAUACAGCGUAUUAUUUAAAUAUCAUGUUAAAUAGUACUUAAUGAGAAUUAUUAAUUUACACGAGCGCCAUCUUUUGUUUGUUUAAAACAUGUCAGCCCCAUGUCGAGUACGGUUGGCACCACGAUAAACCGCCUGUUUAUAAAAGCACUUUGAAUAUUUGCUACUAUUUCGUGCAAAUCUGUAUUAUUGGCAUUCAUUGGUUUUAUUAUUUUAUAUACACAAACAUUAUAAACCCCCUAUAAUGCACAUUGUGACCACCAUAAAAAUACUGUUUUCUUAGAACAAAUUUCUUAUCUGUGACAAUGUUAUUAUGACUUGCUAAGACACUCUUGUAUCAUGUACAGUGACAAACUAUUAUAAUUGACAUUCAGGAGGUUGACUGUGCCGGCCCGUAACGAAAUUAGGAGUAAUUGUUUGGCUAAUCGUUAGAAAAGUUGAGGUUUGUGGUAAGGUGGUCUAGAUCUCGGCACCGUUUCGUUGGUUAUUUCUUUCGAAGUUUAAGAUCUUGUUAAUGAGAUUCAAUGUUGUAUUCAUUUAUAAGUGCCGAGAGUUUGGGUGAUGGAAGAUGGCGUAGGUGUCGUAUAGCGAAUAUUAUAAUUUUAAGUAAUAAUAACAUCACUGCCAUGUAUGACCUUACUGUUUAUACUGUAAUAUUAAAUUUUUUAUUAAAUAUAUUAUACGCCA